AUGUCGAGUGUUGAAAAUGAAGUGGCAGUAAAAGACAACGGCAGGGUGUCCUUCGUCUAUCCGCAAUUGAGAUCGACGAAUUAUACCACAUGGCCGAUUAAGGUGGAGGCUAUUAUGGAAGCCCGGGGAGUUGCCCAGAAAAAGACGGUCAGGGAGGUCUGGGACAGCCUCAAGACGAGGUUCGUAGGAGCUGAUAAUGUUAAGGCAGCGCGACUGCAGACGCUGAAAAACGAGUUUGAUGGGUUGAGAAUGAGUGAAUGGGAGACAUUGGAGAAGUAUGCUGCAAAGCUGAGCGCCAUGUCGGCAAAGUAUGCCAGCUUGGGAGCUACGUUGAAUGAUGCAGACAUGGUGAAAAAGUUGUUCGACACUAUGCCUACUCAGUGUUACACGCCGUUGGUCGUCUUAAAACAUUCGAGGAGGUUAUACGGCAGACAGCACCUAGCGGAAAUAGCGGCAAUCAACUACUUCUUGCCCAGAUAUUGGAAAGGGCGGCAGAAGUACAAAGGUGGCAAGGAAAAGGACACAAGUGAAGGAAUCGGCAAUCGCGGCCGGGGCGGAUGUAGUCGCAGGAGAGGUCGUGGUAGAGGUGAGCACACUGACAUUACACGUAGGGAGAAUAAAAAUGGCUCUAGGGGAGGAGGCCGCGAAAAGAGCCAUAUAAGGUGCUACAAUUGCAACAAGGGCGAAGAUGGACCCGGAGAUGACACUUGGUACUUCAACAAUGGAGCAAGUAAUCACAUGACUGGAGAUCGCAAACACUUCCAUGACCUAGAUGAAUCGGUUCAAGGAGAAGUGAAAUUUGGGGAUGGAUCCAAAGUUCAAAUUAAAGGAAAAGGAUUUGUAUUAUUCGAGUUCAAGGGAAGCGAGCAACGAUUACUCGAUGAGGUGAUGGAAGGGGAGUACCUAUGGAUAUACGACUCGAGUGGGAUCCUGAUCAUGAAGGUUAAAUGCCAUUCUAACCGGCUAUACAAGGCUACGAUCACCUCCUGCGCUCCAGUAUGCUUGAUGGCAAAUAUUUCAGAUCAUGGAUGGUCGUGGCAUGCUCGGCUCGGGAAUGUCACCUUCAAGGCCUUGAGAAAGCAGAAAAAAAAAAAAAAGAAAAUGGUGAUUGGUGUACCACUGAUGACACGUCCGAACCAGCUAUGUCAAGGAUGCCUUAUCGCUAAACAGCCAUGA